AUGGAUCCUGUGAAUGGAAGGAGAAGGAAAAAAGCAAUCUGCCUUGUCAGCACUUUGCUUGUUUUGUCCCUGCUGAUUACUGCUCUUGGAAUUGUCACCACCACAGGAACAGAAAGUGUCAAUGUGACGGGAUAUGGGUCUGGGAUCAUAUUUGUGUUUGGAUCAUUCUUGGGAAUUCUUGGACUUGUGCUUGAAGACAAUCGCAAUCAACUGCUAUUGGCAUCAAUCAUCUUCUUAAGCUUCGGAAUAAUUGCCACAUUCUUCUGCCUCAUCGUGGAUGGAGUGUUUAUUGCGAUGAACAUUGACCUGAGACCUCUUCAUGCAGGACGAUGCCAAUACUAUGGCAGUGGGCAUAGCUACCUGUAUGAAAAUCUCUUUGCUUCGGUGACUUGUCAAGGCCUCACUGAGUCCUGCAACCUUCAAGUUCGCAGCGGUACCUGUUACUGUUGUGACCUGUAUGAAUGUGCAAAUGGCGGGUACCUGAAUAAUCAUUAUGAAUAUGUGGGUGUGAAGAGUUGCCAGGAUGUUCUCUCUCUUUAUAUGAAAAUCUGGCUGUUAAUCAUACUAAAUUUCCUUGCGUUCUUCCUUGGCAUUCUGACUACGGCAGUGCUUGGCAGCAUGAGGAAUAUGAGAGAACAUGUCUCAUGCUCUGAUCUAACUACAAAGCUGAUGGACCCCCCACCAUCCCGGCAAAGCCCUGAUGACCAGAAUCACACUCCAGCACUUUGCCCAAGUGCCCCAUUUUUACAAGAAGCUAACCCAAUGCACCACUUUGCUGCAGCGGUUACUAAGGAUCAGACUCCCGGAAGCAUAAAAGGCAGCACGAAGGCUGAAUUGAGCUCGCCGCCUUUUGCUCCACUUUGUCAUUUAAUGCUUGGUACAGGAAUGAGCUCUGUUGCCUUCUACUCAAGGACUAUGCAAACGCCUCUUGCUGAAAGAUGCAAAAUGAUGACCCUCAAGUGAAGAAGAGCUUACUUGUGCACAGAUGUCUAUAGUCGGAGAGUCUAAACAUGAAACUUUGCGUCACGGAGGGGGUGACAUUUUUAAGAAUGUCAGUAAGUGCAUUUUGAGAAAAGAUUGGAAGAAACAAUCACAGACUAGGCUAAUAACGGCAAACGAUGGGAGGGGAAAAGUCAGCAUAUCAAAAUAAACAUUGUUAUGCUUGUGUGCUAGACAAAAUUGAGCUGUGCCCUUAGCUUUAAAGGUUACAAUCAGUGUGAAAAAAACACUUCAAGCUGUUUUGCAGAUGUGUGUUCUUUUGUGCAGGACUUUACAUCUAAGACUUUGCAAACUUAAGUAAAUCCUUGUCUUUAUUUCUUUGCUGUUUCAAUUUUUUGUUUGCAAUCAGUAUACUAUUUUUGAAUGACUGCACUUCAAUGACCUGCCUGUACAGAUUGAGAAAAUUUAAGUGAAAAGAAUUGUAUUCUCCAGACAAACUAAAUAAACUAUUAGGUGGUUGUUCGUUAGUCCAUUAAUUUUUGAACACACUUUUUCCUAUAUAGUGAUGUGGAAACUGUUGCAUAAUA